ACGUCCGUGUUAUUUUAUAGGCCUUGUUUACCCAUCUUCUUGUGGACAUGUUGAGUAUCAAGGUCUCACCUGAGCUACACAACCUGACAUGCAUCACGCAUCUGACAUUACAUGCAAGCACGCUGCCAGUGUUUGCGUUUGCCGUAUCACAUACAAACCCAGCCUCCCUGUCAGCGCAUCUCUGUCCUGCGAACUGUCAGCCUACUCAGAAUAUCAUUGAUGCUAUGUCCAGUUUACUUUCGUAGUGAACUCAUAACCACCAAAGGGCCCUGCAUCACCUUGAAUGCUCAAGCUCUUCCUUUGAAGAAAAAUAUAAUGCGAACUCAUGUAGCGCAAUACGGAAUGGACGUCGACGAUCGGCAUGAAUGAUAGAGGUCUCCAGGUGAAAAUGCUGUCCGUUGAGGUUUUGUUUUUCGUCUUCAUUGGCUUUGAGCCCCUGGUUUGGUACCCAGUCUUCACCGAGAGAUUCCUGGUUCCGAAAAGAUUUCCGGAUCUUGCUAGUGGUAAGCCUUCCCUGGUUCACAUUACACCGACCGCUUACUGUGCCUCUCCACCAUAUAAUUUGUCGCGACGAUUUGGAUUUGCGGAAGGGAAUAACAAUAUUGGAGAUAGUCAUGCUGGUUCCAUAUAAGACAUUUAUGAUUCGGAUAGUUUGGAUUGCUAUCAUGGUUUUUGAUCGCUCGGGACGUUGCUUCUAGCCAUAAACAUUUCCGCGAUUUUUGAAUAACAAUAAUCCGUCACUGUUUUCGAAACGUU